AUGUCUAUAAUAAUACCUGGUGAUCAACUUCCAAUAGAUGCUCAAAACCCACAUAUCAAUACUACAAUAGGUCCAGGGAUAUAUAAAAUACCCAAAACUCAAGAUUUAAUACCAUCAACUUCAGGAUAUUUAGAAGUAAAUAAACAUCAAAAUUCACAAUCAGCAUAUAUUGAAUCAAAUACCAAAAGAUAUAUACCACAUAAUAAUGAUUUUGUAAUAGGAACGAUAGUUGGGUCAAUAGGUGAAUAUUACAAAGUAUCAUUACAAAAUUUUUCAUCAACUGUUUUACUAAAUUUUUUUGCAUUCCCAAAUACAAAUAAAAAAAAUAGACCAAAUUUAAAAACUGGACAAGUUGUUUAUGGAAGAAUAGUUAAUGAUGAUAAUGAUCUGACAUUUGAAACUGAAAUUGAAUGUUUUGAUGCUUCUAAUAAUAGAGAAAGUGGUGGGUUUGGUAUAUUGGAUGAUUCAGGAUAUAUUUUCAAUGUACCUUUAAACUAUGCAAGAGAAUUAUUAUAUAAUUCCAAAUCAUCAGUAUUGGAAAAUUUAGCUAAGAAAGUACAAUUUGAAAUUGCUAUAGGUAUAAAUGGUAAAAUUUGGUUAAAAUGUAGUGAUGGAUUACAACAAUUUAAAUUAGAUAAUAAUGAACAAGAAAUAGAAGAUGAAGAAGAAAAUUUAAAACAAAAAAAUUUUAAAAAUUUAAAAGAUACUUUAGCUGCUGUGAAAUAUAUACAAAGAUGUUCACGUAUAACAUCAGAUAAAUUUGAAAAUGAAUUAAAAUUAUGUUUCAAAGGUUUAUAA